AUGUACGCACGCGUGCCCCCGACGGAUUUCGACGCAGUCGCAGAGGGGUGCCCUGCCAAGUUGGUCGCAAAGAUCAGAAUUCAGAGAGACAUCGAGAACACUGAGCCGAAGUCCAGUGCCAAGGCCGCUCGGAUCGACAAGGAUUCGGCUUCGGACAAGAGGAUCAAAGCUCAGAAGGCCUACGACCGUGCGCAGGAGGCGGUGGUCAAGGCAGUGGCGAAUGAUGUCAAUCUGAAGGCAGAGCUGGCAGCAGCGGCCCACGACGAGCUGCUCGAGUACCUCGCCAGCAACGAGGCCGAAGACAUGGGACCUGCCUCAGAGUUGGGCGAGAAGCAUGGGGUCAGGCACUCCUUUGUGGCCGGCAUCUUCAACAAUCUGCGCGACCAG